AAUUGCGGGAUUACAAUAACAGCAAUUGAACUCGAUUCUAAAUAUUUGCGUAUUCAAUGAAUGCUAAGAAAAUUAUAAUAUACCUAACGUGUAAAAAAUUCGUAACGGGAAUAUGCAAAAGCUAUAUGCAUUCGCAUUUGCGGAGUGUAAACUUAGCAAAUAAAAUAAAAGUAGAACACAAUUCUUUGAAAUUAUAUUUUAUACUAAUAUCUGAAAUAAUACAUCAAAAUAAAACGUGUUGGAAAAUAUAAUAUACAUCAUUAAUACGUAAAAACAUCAAAAAUUAAAGCUACGUAUAUGUACGUUUAUUCCUCCUUCACUACAAAAACUGUGUUAACAAUUUCAACAAUAAGCAAACUCAUAUCAACUGUAUGGUUCUUAACGACAUUGUCAUUGUUAUUCACAAUCAUACUCCACGAAAUAUAGACAAAAAUAAAAACUUCCGAUGAUGAUGCUAACUACAGAACACCUCAUGCAUGGCCAUGCAUCUUCGGUCAGCCAGAGUGCUCUUUUUGGCUGCUCGACGGCAGGGCAUAGUGGCAUCAAUCAGCUUGGUGGUGUCUAUGUCAACGGGCGACCACUGCCGGAUUCGACACGCCAGAAGAUCGUCGAGUUAGCGCAUUCAGGUGCGCGUCCCUGUGAUAUAUCGCGCAUACUGCAAGUGUCCAACGGAUGCGUUAGCAAAAUUCUAGGCAGAUAUUACGAGACGGGAUCCAUUAAGCCGAGAGCGAUAGGCGGAUCCAAACCACGUGUUGCUACAACCCCUGUCGUACAAAAAAUCGCCGAUUACAAACGAGAAUGUCCGAGCAUUUUCGCGUGGGAAAUAAGAGAUCGAUUAUUGUCGGAACAAGUUUGCAAUAGUGAUAAUAUACCAAGCGUAUCCUCAAUAAAUCGGGUUCUACGAAAUUUGGCUUCGCAAAAAGAGCAGCAAGCACAACAACAAAACGAAUCGGUAUACGAGAAGUUACGUAUGUUUAAUGGACAAUCAGGAGGAUGGGCUUGGUACCCCAGUAAUACAACACCGGCACACCUGGCCUUGCCACCCACGCCGACAGCAACGAAUUUAACAGGGCAAAUAGUCCGCGAUGAUUUACCAAAACGCGAUAUAUUCUCGGGUGAAGUGUCACAUCCCAAUUCUCAUGAAAGUACUUCCGACGGCAAUUCAGAACACAAUUCAUCUGGAGAUGAGGACUCCCAGAUGCGAUUGCGUCUUAAACGGAAACUGCAGCGCAAUCGCACUUCUUUUACAAACGAGCAAAUCGACCACCUGGAAAAAGAAUUCGAGAGAACACAUUAUCCAGAUGUAUUUGCACGUGAAAGGCUCGCUGAAAAAAUUGGUUUACCCGAGGCACGUAUUCAGGUAUGGUUUUCAAACCGACGGGCAAAAUGGAGACGCGAAGAAAAACUACGAACUCAACGGCGCUCAGCGGACCAUAUCAGCAAUAAUGGCGGUUCUGUUGGUGGUCGGUCGAGCACCGGCAAUACGGCUGCAAUUUCCGCCGCCGCCGUGGUCAGCCAUCAAAGUGGAUCUGGGAUAAAUGGAGUUGGCAGCGUCGGAGUGGGCGGUGGUGCAGCUGCCGACAUCAAUUCCGCUAGCAACAAUGGUAGCGCCGCAGCAGGUUCAAAUGGAGGUGGAACAAGCGCUUCAGCAGCGGUGUCAAUACCAGGAACAAGUGAUGGUGGUUCAGCCAUUUCGGCAUUGGGUGAUUCAGUAGCCGCAGCAGCAGUGACAACUGUUGUGGUUGGUGGUCAUGGCAGCUCAGUGAGUCCUCCUUUACAAUCCGUUGCGACUCGCCUUCCCCUGAACACUGGUUUCAACACGAUGUAUUCUUCGAUACCACAGCCUAUGGCUACAAUGGCAGAGAACUACAACUCUAUGACCUCGUCCUUGAGCUCAAUGACGUCAACUUGUUUGCAGCAACGCGAUGGCUAUCCAUAUAUGUUUCACGAUCCACUUACGUUGGGUUCUGUGCCCUAUGCAGCUCACACACGACCAUCUUGCAAUCCUGCUGCGGCCCAUCAACAGCCACCACCACAACAUACAUCGGUAUAUGGAGGCAGUGCAGCAAAUGCAUCUGGCGAUAACCAUACAUUUCCAGGUGUCAUUUCGGCAGGUGUGUCUGUACCCGUGCAAAUACCCUCUCAAAGUGCUAGCGAUUUAACUAGCACUAAUUACUGGCCCCGUCUCCAGUGAUCUACACUGUUACUAACUCCGUCAUCAACCGCAUCAGUAGCUAACAUUGGAACAGGUCAGUCGUCAAUUGGUUCUGUAACCGGUUCGCCUC